UCUCGUAAAUUGACAUUCCUGUAUCAGAAACGAACUUUCCUCGUUCAAGCCAUGCGCCGCCACGAGGCGAGAAAUCGGAGAAUACUGGCAUGACAUUAAGGGUUCGCAAAGGCAACGAGCUGCAGCGAGUUUCGUUAGCUUCGAUGGUCCUGAAUGGCGACGCAAAUGGAGCGUAAGCCGGCCAGGGAGGACAUAGCCGGAAGAAGAUACAUUAUCACGUUCAGCUAACAAAUACUGAUAUACUCGGUAAUAUCCCACUCUUUUCUCUUUCCUCAUCGUGCACCUGGGCCAUGGCUGUCGCUCGAUACGAAUCUUUUCUUCUCAAAAAUGUCUCCACAAUCUCUUCACUCGAAUCUACCCUGAGAUCCUUCACCUGGUUUCUACCAGGUCGAUUCAAGGAUGCUGAGCUGGCUUCCGAAGCACUUUCGACGCUGCUCAACGUAAUGAGCAUGUAUCACGACACCCUCCUUGCCAAAGUCGUGCGAAGUGAUCCCAAGUACCACCCACUUAUCCCAGCCUCACUUCAUUCGCGUUUCACAAGAGCGUGGACAGAAAAGAGCAAUGUAUACAAGUGGAUUGCUCGGACGCUAGAGCUCAUACGGUAUACGGAGCUGGUCAUCGAGAUGGGCUUGCGCCGGAAGGUGUCCUCACAGAACCGGUGGCGGAGCAUACUGAUCCUUGAGGCGAUCAAGGCUGCUCUCCGCCUGCUUCUUUUGAGGAUCACAAGGAAACCGUUAAUGUCGCCUCCAAUACCUGAACGAGACUUCGAUCCUACCGCAUUGCCUCCUGCGUCAGCUUCCAAUGCCUCAUCUCCUACACUCGCACCUUCAAGCCCUUCAUCCUCACUUCCCGCAACGCCGGAUCAUCUCAAAAAUAACCAUAUACCCUUGUCACCGCACCCGCUGCUGGUGUCACCCCCGCCCUCUCGAUCCGAACACUCCGCUGAGGAUUAUCUCCUUCCCAAAGCUUUGACUUCGUCAUCAGUCAAACCGUCUCUGUCUCUCGUCAGAACGCUGUCUGCGCCUCAGGAAUGGCUCUCAGAAAUUGUGUAUAUCUUGAGACCUCUUGUCUAUGCUACACUACUAUUCACUGACCGACGUUCUAAUCGUGCGCUUACGACCGCAUUGGCUAUGGAGCUAAUAUCACGGAGCCUGCGACGGACUCCACUCACUUCCGCUCAGCUCGAGCGUUCUGAAUACGGACGGAGAGACAAGGACAUGAUUUGGUAUCUCUUGCGUGGCUCCAUCUGGGAAACUUAUACACGACCCAAGUUAGAAGCGAUAGCCGAGAAGACGUCUCACGCACCCUUGUUGGGACUACUCGGUGCUUUGAUGAAGGAUUGGAUUCCCUUAAUCGAUGAGUACUAUUACUGUCCGUCUUAUGCUUCGUCCUUGUUCUCCAACUGACCUUCCGGCUGUCGCAGAUACUGCACCUUAGACAGCAUGUACAAUCACCUGCGGAUCUUUCGUUACCGAGGUCUCUGUGCUUUAUCCGCCUAUUGAUGUACUAUGUAGUUGUCCUAUAUGAACACAUCUGGGUACGGCCCACCACCGGCCCACCGGCUA